CAAUCACUGUGUGUGCUCUCAAAGUGCAAAGUUGAAAUGUGUCGUAGACGGGAGGUACUUCCACGACAGAAUAGGGGUAAAUGUGGCUAAGAAUUGAAUGGAUGUCUGUGGUUUUCGCAUUCUCUUCAAGGAAAUUAUGUAAUUUCUCAUUCAAAGACAUUAGUAGAGGGCAAGUAACAGAAUGCAAGCUAAUUGCAUUGCAUUCCCAGAAAAGUGGACAGCGCAUGGAUAAGCUACUUGAUACAUUGUAACAUUCAGGGAAGUAAAUGGACAGCAUGGAAUUUCACAAGUAAGUUUUACUGAUACAUUUUUCGCGUUAUUGUUUAUGGGUUUUUUUUGCUACAGAAUGCACACUAGUUCAAUGAAGGAUAUUUGACAGAAGAUUCCCGAAAGUAGUUUGGCCAAAGCAAUCUUCUCGGCGUAGAAUGCCACGCAGGCAAUAGCCUACUACUACUACUACUACCCAAACUAAAGAAACGAAGUUGAAUGGGGGUUGAUAAGUAGGCUAUGACCCGCGAAUGCAUUAAUAAGAUACUGUGACAUUAUAUCUAGAUUUAGGCCAACUAAAAUGAGGGCGAUAAAGAUAAGGAAAUACUUUAGGGGUAGUGGGAGGGUACUUGCAUUUGUUUUCAUUGCAUCUAUUAUUUGGCUGCUGUUCGACAUGGCAGCGCUUCGCCUGUCAUUAAAUGACGUUAACAGCCAACUUUUAAAAGAAAGCGUAGUGAAGGAAAGGCAGGCUGUCAGACAGCAGGCCACGAAACGUACUAAGUUAGUGCAUAGGGGGUUUAAAAAUCCAGUACAGAGAGUAGACUUGGACCUGGACGAGGCAGGUAAUAAAGAUCCACUCCAGGAUGAAAAUAAAGUCCUUGAAGUGUACAGGAAGCGAGGACCCGCUGUCAAAAAUGACCCACAGUUUAUGGACAAAGUAAACUCGCAUGAGCAACAAGGAGGGAAUGCCCAACCAAAGUUAGAACGUGCUGUCAUCUUUAAGCAUAACCAAAUCGAGCCUGUGCAUCAUGUCACAGUACACUUGAGUGUGCCUUUGAAUACGAAAGUGCCUGUCAAAGAUCCUUUGCCCGUCAAAGAUGUGUCAAAAAAGGCAGUAGACUUGGUGCUGGAGGAUGGGAAAGUAGGACCUACGGAGAGGGAUAAGAUUGUGGCAUUCCCUGCAGCAGUAGGCUCAAACUUUACCAAAGUGCCACCUGGUGUUCAGGAAGGAAAACAUGUUGAAACGCCUGCCUCAAAAAAUACAGGAGAGAACCAAGAGGGAAAUAUAGACCUACUGCAAAAAGGCAAAGAAAAUAUUGACUCCAAGACACAGAAGAAAGUCAAAAACUCACUUGAGCCUGGCAAACAAGAAAGCUUUAUUAAAGACAAAGUUGCAGUGGACUACACAGUUAAACCUGUCAAAAAUGAUGUACUAAAAGGAGAAGAGGUGAUUGUCAACAAAGAGGACAAACAGAUCAAUGAGCUUGAUAAAGGUAACCCUGAAGCCCUAAAGGAGUCCUUACCACCUACAGCAAAGCCAAAACGCCAACAAGGAGUUCCCACAAAUUCCACAGUAGUUCGAAACACAGGCGUCCACAAAGUGCUGGCAUUAGACAUGACCCAAGCGCCUAGAGAUGCCAACGCAAUUGGGCAAUUUGGGCAAGCAGCCAUGGUGCCCAGUGACAAAGAGCAGGAGGUGAGGAACCGUUGGAAUGAGGGCCAUUUCAACGUCUACUUGAGUGACCAGAUCCCUGUGGACAGAGCCAUCCCAGACACCAGACCUCAUACGUGUUCUGAGAGUGUGGUCCAUGAUUACUUGCCCACCACCAGUGUGAUAUUCUGCUUUGUGGACGAGGUGUGGUCCACUUUGCUCCGGUCUGUCCACAGUGUCCUCAACCGGUCUCCACCACACCUUCUCAAAGAGAUCAUCCUGGUGGAUGACUUUAGUGCCAAAGAAUAUCUCAAGGACCAUCUGGAUGUGUACAUGUCCCAGUAUCCCAAAGUACGGAUCGUCCGUCUGAAGGAGAGGCAGGGCUUGAUCCGAGCUAGGCUGGCAGGAGCCGCCAUUGCCAAAGGUGACGUUUUGACCUUUCUUGACUCGCAUAUCGAAUGCAACGUGGGCUGGCUGGAACCUCUGCUGGAGAGAGUGUACAUGGACCGGAGGAAAGUGGCCUGCCCAGUCAUCGAAGUCAUCAGUGACAAGGAUUUGAGCUAUGUGUUGGUUGACAACUUCCAAAGAGGCGUGUUCAAAUGGCCCUUGGUGUUUGGGUGGAGCACGUUAUCAAAGGACACCAUCAAGAAGAAUCACAUGAAGGAUUCAGAUCCCAUCAGAUGUCCUGUCAUGGCAGGAGGCCUUUUCUCCAUCGAUAAGAAGUACUUCUAUGAACUGGGCUCUUAUGAUCCUGGCCUGGAUGUAUGGGGUGGAGAGAACAUGGAGAUCUCUUUUAAGAUUUGGAUGUGCGGAGGUGAGAUCGAGAUCAUCCCGUGUUCUCGAGUGGGCCAUAUUUUCCGAGGCGAGAACCCGUACAAGUUUCCCAAGGACAGGCAGAAGACGGUUGAGCGUAACCUGGCCAGGGUGGCAGAGGUGUGGCUGGAUGAGUACAGGGACCUGUUCUACGGCCAUGGAUACCUCCAUCUGCUGGAUAGGAGUGUCAUCGACAUCGGGAACCUCACAGACCAGAUCGAACUCAGGAAGAAGCUUGAGUGCAAGAGCUUCAAGUGGUACCUGGACAACGUGUACCCAGACAUGGUCGCUCCACUGGUCAAAGCUGAGGGGCUGGUUUUCAAUCGCGGAGUCAGAAAAUGCCUCGCUCUGCAGGAUGGCUCCCUUGCCUUUCAGACAUGUGAUCUCAGCAAGCUGAGUCAACACUUCAAUUACACCUGGAUGAGGCACGUUCGCCAGAAGGAUGUCUGUGUCACUGCUCAUGGCAAAGGGACCAGUCUGGCUCUGCAGCCGUGUGACAACACCAAGCCACAGCUACGAUGGCUCCACAAGGCCACCAACUCUGCUCUGGUGGAGCACCUCAUAGCGGAGCAUAGUCCCCGGCGUCUGUGCCUGGAGGCUGGGGCUCUGGAUGACAGCAUACAGCUGAAGGAGUGCCAGUCUACCAGUCCCUACCAGAAGUGGCAGUUCACACAUUACCACACUGUGUGAUGGGAGUACAGGGCUACAGCACUGUUCCUGCAUUAGAGAUUGACACUAAAGUACUUGACUGUAUGCAUUUGGAUGUGUUCAGUGUAUUUCUGCAAUGGGAUAUGCAUGGUGCUGCUGGUAUGUUGGUGUGAGGGUGGUGUUGGGACGUGCAAUGCUUUUUUACUUCUCCUUUUUAUCAUGAUCAAGCUUCACUUUGAAUUUUUAAUUUUUGCAUGACUGAGGCCCCGGAAUGAUUUGAAAGGACAGCUGUUACACAGUGUAAUUACAGUUUUGUAUUUGAUGGCAUAGUUUACUGGUGUAGGCUAUACAAAUAAAUAAUAGUUGCAUACUCGUA